AUGUUGUCGAAUCACUUUCGACUUCACCGCUCCUUAAACAUCAGUGCCCUUCUUGCCUCUGGAGGGUACUACAUUGAUGAUAACGGCUACCUCGUUGCUAUUGGCAAUGGCACUCGGUAUCGUUUGCCCUCGGGACCACCGGAAGGUCGUUCCAGGGAUCCCUAUGAACUGCAACCCAUUUUACCGGGCAAAAAUCAACAACUGGCUGAUUCAGCUGUUGAGUGGUUGGAUUUGACAACCUCUACAACAACUACAGCAUCUAGCACUACACUGGCGAGAGUAAAUCUUCCCUCCAGGUUGAAUUUUACGUCGUCAGGCAUCCAGGCUACGCCAAGCACGCUGCAUUUGUCCUUGGCAUUGAUUGCCUGCUCUGUCGCGCUGAUAGCCAAUUUGGGACUGGUGUCCAUCAGUUGCUGGUACCUCUUUCGUGGACAUGAAAAGAUGCGAAGAAGGACAAUGGCUGCUGAGCCUAGGAAUUCUAUUCACCUGCAAACAUUUAAUGCACGUCAAGAUGAGGGAAUUGGACCAGUGACAGAAGCAAAGGGUGAAGUCCAUCAGACUGGGAUAACUUCUGUGUCAUCGGGAGAUAGUCAUUCCAGCUCCGUAUCCCUCAGCUCCGAUGACUCUCAUCAGCCUCGUCUACGGACUAAGAGGUCUACGAGCAAAGACCUUUCUCCUGUAAACCCUAUCCUUCUUAACUCCCGCUCUUGUCUAGGUGUUGGAAUUCACACUUCUCUUCUCGGUCUCCUACUGGCCUUCGUUCAUCUCCUUGUCACUUGUUACAACAUAUCUCACACACCUCUUAGCUCUGUCCUCUGUCUUUUUAUCACCUCUAUCACCACUGAUACAAUCUUCUGCGUCUACUUUCAUCUCGUUGCCUGCCUUCUCUGUCUGAUUCUCAUUGGAUACCUUUCCCGUCCUUCCACUACUCGUUCAAGCCAACAACGGUUCGCUUGUUUAGCUCUCUCCCAUUCCCUACCCUGGGCACUUGCUGCGGGUUCCGCGCUGUUCAUCACCCUUAAACCAUCCUCUUCUUCUCAAGUGAAUAUCUUCUUUACUGGAUUUCAUGCAUCCUGUAGCAUGGAACACCUUCAUGAACUCUAUCUCCUCACUGUAGUACUCUUGGUUGUGAUUCCACUCGUUGGUGAAUUUAUCUUUGUUCUGCUCCUCUUCUGUUGUUGUCGACGUCUUCCAAGAAGGACCUGCUUCCUUGCUAUCCUCCUUCCAAUCACCAACGCAACAUCCUUCAUUCCUGUGCUUGCGAUGGGUCUACCAAAUCUGGUCCUCCUUCCACUUAUCUUAGAUCCAAUAUUCAUGGCUCUGCUAUACCGGUUUUCCAUCCCAAUGGAAGAAGGUGAAUUCCAUGACCUUCCAACCAACCCCUCAAAUCAGGAUCGAUCUCCAUUACAUCAAACUGUGGCAGAGAUGUCACCAUCCCUCUCCUCGGAGAUCUACUUUCCUCAGACAAUUCUGGCCAUCGCACCACAUCGAUGUAGUCAUGGCACUGAACUGUCCAGUGUCUCGCCAAAGCUUUGUCCACAUUAUCAGCAGAUCCUGACGCAUUCGCAGAACUGUACGGAGAGAAGUUCAUGCAAUGAGAUUCUACAACCUGCUGAUGUCCUUUCGAGUCUCUCCGCCGCCUCCUCCUCCAACACCAGUCCUGCGACCGCUGCCGUUAUGGCAGCUGCGGCUGCUGCAGCCGCUGCCUCCACUAAACACCCAUGGUCGCCAAUAGCGACUACUACUACCCACUUCACCUCCGACCCCCCAUCAACCGCCACUACUGUGUUACUGCGCACCCCCACAGGAGUGGUGGAGGCGGCUUCGCUAGAUCGGCGUCUCCCAUUGCCUAUCUUCCUCACAGCCAAUGGGAAGGUGGCGCUGGAGAGUGGUGAAGCCUGCGUGCUGGCAGGAGGCAGUGAUCGCACCAACUAA